AUGAUGCGUCCUCGCCUCUCGGUCUGCAGUCGCUGUUUGUCGCAGAGCAGGGCGUUCUCUACAACAGAAGCAAGAGCUCAGCAAUCCCAGAAUGCCUCCCUUCCUCCUCCGGUCGGUUACAGUCGGCUUACAAACCGCGGCCUCAUCUCGAUCACCGGAGUCGACAGUGCAACCUUUCUUCAAGGCCUGAUAACCCAGAACAUGCUGGUAGCCAACGAUCCGAGCAAGAGCAUUCGUCGUACAGGCUCCUACGCAGCAUUCUUGAAUUCCCAAGGGCGCAUUCUCAAUGAUGCUUUUAUUUACCCACUUCCAAACCCGGAUGCCGAUAGCUCAGACCAAGCAUGGUUGGUCGAGGUGGACAAAAAUGAGGUGCUCACUUUGAUGAAACAUCUAAAGAAACAUAAGCUGAGAGCAAAGUUGAAACUUCGGGCUCUCGAGGAUGGCGAGCGGACUGUUUGGUCAUCGUGGAAGGACCACUCCGAACCGCGAUGGGCGGCAUACAAUCUUGAAUCAGAGACCCUAUCACCGUUCCCUCCUUCUUCAAACAUCACCGGCUGUCCAGACUUCCGUGCUCCCGGAUUUGGGACUAGAAUUAUCACUCCGGGACCUGAGGACCUGCGCAGCCAUUUUCCGGAUGAGACCCACGUUGCCGGGCCCGAGGUCGGAUUGGAUUCAUAUACUGUGCGCCGGAUAUUGAAUGGAGUUGCCGAGGGCCAGUCAGAGAUCAUUCGCGAGUCAUCUUUGCCACUGGAAUGCAACAUGGAUAUGGCACGAGGAAUCGACUUCCGCAAGGGCUGUUAUGUCGGCCAGGAGCUGACAAUCCGGACUCACCACACCGGCGUGGUGCGCAAGCGCAUUCUGCCGGUACAGCUCUACACCGGCGAUCCGUUGUCAGCGGAAGGACCAGUCUAUGACCCCUCGUUAGAAAUGUCACUACCGCCCAGUGGAACGAAUAUCAUUAAAGCAGGCGGUCGGCGGGGUCGGAGCGCGGGAAAAUUUUUGAAUGGCGUGGGCAACAUUGGUCUCGCACUGUGCCGCUUGGAAAUGAUGACUGAUAUCGCACUAACCAGUGAGGGGACACAGUAUACCCCGGGAAGCGAAUUCAAGGUAUCAUGGACAACUGAGGCUGAACAGCCGGCGGAAGUCAAGCUGCAAGCGUUCGUCCCGUCAUGGACUCGCGACUUUAUUUCUACAGGCGGAGCACGGAAGCAGACCCCACGGAAUGUCGAUACAGAUGGCCAAAGGGCGAGGGUUCUUGUCGAGCAGCUGGAAGAAGAGGAGGCACAGCGACAGGUGGAUUAG